GCGGAACGAUAACUACUAGGUAAUGCUUUGAACUUGACUGACUUGUGCGGCACUAGCAAAAUAAGCUCAUGACUGAGAUAAGACAAAACUUCGCAAUCAUGUCGGACUUUGUUUCUUUAUCAUUCCAUAACUUCUUCUCCAAGCUAAAAUCUCAAGCUUGUGAAUUACACUCAUAUCACUUUCGAAGUGUUUCAACAAUAUUAGACCAAAGAACACCAGAGCCCCACUCUUGUCACAUAAUCUCAAGGGUUUAUGGCACUUUGAAGUAACUAGCGGUCUUGUCUUAGUCAUUGUUUGUCCGUCCCAUGCGGUCAAGGGAAUAAAUCAUCUAGAGAAGUACAAGUUCGAUGGGUUUACAGUCGUUCAACAUGAGUGGAAGAAGCUUAGGCCGUCUUUGCUGGGUCUUUGUGCUCUGGAUCUUACAUGGUGUUAGCUCUUCUGCCGUCACAAACACUGGCAAUCGUGGAGCAGUGGCGAGUGAAAGCAAGAUAUGCAGUGAGGUUGGAGCGGAACUCAUAGAGAGAGGUGGGAAUGCCGCAGAUGCUAUGGUUGGCACCACUCUAUGCGUUGGUGUCAUUGGAAUGUAUCAUAGUGGUAUUGGUGGAGGGGGCUUUAUGCUAGUACGUAGCUCAGAAGGGGAGUACGAAACCAUAGACUAUAGAGAGACAGCUCCAGCCGCUGCAUAUCGAGAUAUGUUCAAAAAGGAUCGCAGAAGAGCCGUGGUCGGCGGAGAUGCAGUUGCUGUUCCAGGUGACCUUCGAGGACUUGAAUAUCUUCAUAAUAAAUAUGGGCAACUACCUUGGCAAAUCGUUUGCAAUCCAGCUGUACAUAUUGCUAGAAAUGGGUUUCCUGUGACGGAAGAUACAGUUUACUACAUGCAAGCAGUUAAGAAUCAAGUUGCUUGGAAUUUUCUUGAAGAGGAUCCAAACUGGGCUAUAGACUUCGCUCCGAAUGGUACACUCCUUGAGUUGGGUGAUAUAAUGAAAAGAGAGCGAUAUGCCAAUACGCUAGAGACGAUUGCCAACAAAGGGGCUUCGGCAUUCUACGAAGGGGAAAUUGCAGAAGCAACUAUUGCAACUAUAAAGGCCACAAAUGGAACCAUGACUCUGGCCGAUCUCAAAGAUUACGAAAUCAAGAUUCGUAAUCCCAUCAACAUCACUUAUCGUGGCUACACUAUCCAUUCAACUGGCACUCCCUCGGGUGGUUCCAUAGCCUUGAGCAUUCUUAAGACUAUUGAAGGAUAUGACAUGUAUGCAGAAUCCGAAUUAUCUCUGAAUACACAUCGACUCGAUGAAGCUAUGCGUUUUUCAUAUGCCGCUCAUUCCGAGCUAGGAGAUCCGUCAUUCUUUGACGAGAUGACUAGAUUUGAAGAAGGAAUCGUUUCAGCUGAGACUGCAGACUCUAAUAGACGAAAGAUUUUAGACGAUAAGACACAAGACGUUGGAAAAUACAAUCCAGAAAGGUGGGAUAUCAUGGAAAACCAUGGGACAUCGCAUAUGGUUGCUACCGAUGCUUCUGGCCUUUCAAUAACCUCAACAUCAACCGUCAAUUUACUUUUCGGCUCUGCCGUCAUGGUUCCUGAGACUGGGGUAAUUCUUAAUAACGAAAUGGACGAUUUCUCCAUCCCUGGCGUUCCCAAUUUCUUUGGCUUCGUCCCUUCACCUAUGAACUACGUUCGUCCUGGUGCCCGCCCCAUGAGUUCCAUCUCCCCCAUUCACAUAUCCCACCCCAAUGGCUCCCACUUUCUUUCCAUCGGCGCUGCCGGUGGAUCACGAAUCCCCACGUCAACAAUCCAGGCCAUUAUCAACAUAAUCGAUCACGGCAUGUCUCUCGAAGAGGCACUAAAACAGCCUAGAAUGCACGAUCAAUUGCUACCCGAAAAAACAACAGUAGAGCCGGGGUUUGAUGAAGAAUUACAAGAAUCUUUGAGGGAAAGAGGACACAAAGUUGAGCGAGCAAGUGGAAGAGAGAGUGCUGUACAGGGUGUGAGAGUUUGGGGUGAUCUCUCGAUUGAGGGAGAAGGGUUGACUGGAGAAGGAUGGUUGGAGGCUAUUGGGGAGCCGAGACAGAAGGCGAGUGGGGGAGCUGGUGUGUGAGUGUCUUGAAGAAGUUGAGUUGGUGGAGGCGGAUGGAGGAAGCUGCGCUCCACGCGGUUAAAUUGCACGAACCCCCUCUUUUACGACCGUUAACCUUGGUUGAGCUUCAUCAUAUGAAGCUCAUGAUCUAGAACGAAGAUCACUAGAAUUUCUUUUCUUUGCAGGGACACUGAUAGAAUCUUGGAUGAGGUAUAUGGAGAGAAUAUGGAUAUAGGUAAUAGAGCUGGUAUUAUUCAGAUCAACCUCUAGAUUUGCCUAGAAAGACAGACGGUCUCGCAUCGGUACCACAUCAGCGAAACCAUAGAACAGAUACAAUCAGUCAUUUAUAUAUCUUAGACGAGAGA